AAAUGCGUCUCCACACCUUUUCUCCAGCAGUGGUAUUGACCCACAACCUAUAAUUAUAAUUCUUACGCAUACAUAACAACACCUUAUAAUGUUGCAUCGCCGAUUUUUCUCCACUGGUUCUGCAGUAGCCGAAAACUAUUAUAAAAUAACCUUAAAGCGAUCGACCAUUGGCACACCAAGUGAUUUCCGAGCAGCAACAAAGACACUGGGCCUUUUCCGUUUACAUCAGACAACAUAUAGACCUGUUAAUGCAACAAAUGCAGGCCUUAUUCUCAAACUCAAAGAACUUGUCAAUGUCGAAAUUGUGGACCGAAUUCCUGACAAGUCUGAAUUAGCGGCCAAAAAACCGCCAAAAGGUUAUACAGUUGUUGGCAACAAGCUCUAACGAAAUCGACUUUAUCAUCCUACUUUUCGCUCUGUAUUAUAUCACUUCUCUUAGUCUUCUCUUAUGUAAGAGAGAGUAUUUCUAAACGUAAGCCUUUCCAUUAGCAAAUAUGAGACCAGGUUUCUAUCUUUAUUUAUUAGAGAGGCAUUACAUUAUUUGAUCGUGUG